CAAAUGCUCUUGAGACAACAUUUGUGCUCACAGUGUUUCCCACCACUUGAACCCGAAAAGAGGAGCUGUAUUUCUUUUCUGGACAGACACUGGAUUUACAGGACUACCUUCGAAAAAGACAGACUUGACCUGUGUUUUAAGAAGCAUAUUUAUCAUCAACAACACAAAAAAAGCAUAAAGGGACAACCAUGAAAAAGGGAAAGGUAAGUUUUUUACUUUCCGCCUAAAAUGGUCAGCAACAUUCAAUGUCACUUAUUAUAUAUGCUAUAUUUUUAUGGUGAAUUACAACAGACUCAAGACAGGAACCAAAUAAUAGAGUAAAGAUAAAAUAAUCUUAGGUUUUGUGUAUUUUAAUGAGAGUGUGGAAGUUUAUUUGUAAUAUGAAACUUGGUCUAUUUGUAUUUAUUCAUACAGAAUUAUGAAAAAAUGGAGGCCCAUCACAUCUUUCUUAAUCCUCUGAUAAAGGCAGAUUUGUAGAUACAUCUGUCUAGGAAACUAGUGCAGGCAGUUUUUACAGCAAUAAAUACAAUUUUCUUUUGUAAAAGUAAACAUUAUGUGUUUUGCAAAUUUUUACAUGACAUUUAUGUUUUAAGAAAAUGAUUAAAAAAUUGUAAUGACCCUACUAAUUGUACUUUUAUCCCAGCAGGUGACUAAUGACAAUGAGCCACCUACUUAUCAGGAGGCAACAGCAGGUAAGUGACUAAUCUCAUUGGGUUGACGUAUUUAAUUACCUAUUCCUGCAAAAAACACUGGCUAAUUUUCUUAAAGGUCUGCUAUUAAAAAGGGGGAUCAAUCAAUCACACUUUUUAAUUCUUGUUCAAAAGCACUGAGUGAAAAAUAAAGUGUUUCUCAUCCAACAACAUUCAGGGAAGUAAUUCUAUGUUAUCAUAAUGUGCCUUAAGGGAGGUUUAAAAGUUGUAACUGGACAUCACACAUGCCCUAAAAGUACCUAACUAUUGAACAAAGACAUGUUGAUGCCACUCAAACCUGACUCACCUCAUUUCACAGUAAAAUGCUGCAGGUUCUUUGUAAGAUAUAAUCACAUAUGUUUUCUUCGCAUCGCAGGCUAUGGUGAGAUGGAAGCCCAGUUUGCCUGGGAUGACAAGUCCAUCAGGCGGACCUUCAUUAGGAAGGUAAGAUAGAUCUGAUGUUGAACUGAGGUAUUAACACACAAAAACACCAUCACAGUGACAUCUCCUUUUAUCUCACAAUGUGUAUGUCUUUCUGUAGGUCUAUGCCAUUCUCCUGGUCCAGCUGCUUGUGACAGUGGGAAUCGUGGCUUUAUUUUCAUUUUGGUAAGUGUAAUCUUGUUUUUUGGUUCACAACUAUCACCUUUUAUAAGUUAAAUGUUUGUCACAUGACUGGAAUAUAAUAUUUUUUCCACUCUACAGUGCACCUGUGAGGUUUUACAUCCAGACUCAUCCUGGCUUAUACAUGGCAUCUUAGUAAGUGUAACCACAUAGAAACAUCCAACACAGUUUCAUCUUUCUAUGUUACUGUUAAUUUAUUAAAACUAUAACAAAUGUCUUCUUUUUUUGUUGUUGUCUUCAGUUUAAUGUUCUUUUCCACCUACAUUGCACUGUCCUGCUGUGGAGAGCUGAGGUGAGCUGUCAGCUAAAAGAAAAUGAAAAAACAUUGAUGUUUGAACAUGAGUUAUCCAAAACUCUUUUUUCUCUACAGGAGACAGUUUCCUUGGAAUAUCAUUCUGUUAGUCCUCUUUGUGAGUAUUCCCCAUGAACUCAGUGACAUGAUAAACAAAGCCUAAGACAUUAUGCUCAUUAUUUAUUCAUUCAGUAUAUAUGCUAAUUGGAUACAUGUCUUGUAUUUUUCCAUCAGACUCUGAGCAUGGCCUGCAUGAUGGGAUUUGUGUCAAGGUAAAUACAAGCGGUGACAUAACCAUUUAGCUGUCUGAUCAUCUGAGUCUUUUCAAAGUAAAAGCCUCAGCAAUAAAUGUCACUUUUUUUUUUCCCCCCUCCAGUUUUUACAACACCAAGUCAGUGGUUCUGUGUUUGGGGAUCACAUCUGUGGUGUGUCUUUCAGUUACCAUCUUUAGCUUCCAGAGCAAGGUGAGGAGAACAAUUUAAAACAAACUUUUAAUUGCUUUCAAACAACCAAACAGAUAUACUUAAGAGUUGAAUGGACUCAUCAUCUGCUAUCUGCCUCUCUCUUUUCCUGUAUUUUUGUUGUAGAUUGAUGUCACAUCCUAUCAAGGCGUCCUGUUCUCGUUGUGCAUGGUCAUGCUUCUCUGUGCCAUUACCAUCUCCAUUGUUGUCCCAUUUGGAUAUGUAAGUGCCCCCCCUUUAACUGGUACCUUUUAUAGAAGCAGCCUAAAGCUAAACAGCAUUUGCAGCCUAAUGCCUUUGGCAUUGUAGACCACAUUUGGGUGUGUGGGAAUGGAUUAGUCUCAGGGAUGAUCCAGCAGUGCACUUUACUGUCUUUCUUCAAUUAGCAUCCUGCUAACCUACUCAUGAGUGUUUUGUAAUGCUUGUUUUUUCAACCACAGGUUCCUUGGUUACAUGCCAUUUAUGCAGUGUUAGGAGCCAUCCUGUUCACUCUGGUGAGAACUAGACACAUCACAUAACUUAAAUAAUAUAUGAAAAUAUUUAUUUUAUUUACUCACUCUCUUUGUGCAUAAUUUUACUCUUUCCUCACUGUCCAUUUUUCUCUCCCACUCUGUCCUUUUGCUAUAGUUCCUUGCAUUUGACACUCAGAUGCUACUUGGGAACAAGCGCUUCACUUUAAGUCCAGAGGAAUACAUCUUUGCUACCCUCAGCAUCUACCUGGACAUCAUAUACCUGUUCAGUUUCCUGCUACAGAUCAUGGGGGGAGGCCGCGAGUGAAAACAUGUACAGUAGAUCUGUCCUUCAAGCUUCCAUCUUGACUCUUAGAAACUCAACUUGGAUUCAUUACCCACACAAAUGAGGAGACACCAGCGAUUCCAGGUUCACUAAGUCACUGUUUUGAAGUUCUGUCACUUUUCUUUGAAGCGAGCACAGCGUAUUUGUGCUUGGCGCUCAGUUGUGUAAUCUCACCAAUGUAAUCCUGCUGCUGGUUUUGUCAGCAUGUCCUCACAUGGCUCCCACUCACCUGGUACCCCACUGUCAGUGUUUACUUUGGUCAUCCCCAUUGACUUGUUUUUAUAUUGAUCUGAGGUAAACUAUGAUACCAUUACCCAUAUGUAUAGGUUUUGACACUUUUCUCACCUAUGGAUACAUAACACACCAGAAACAGUUUAGGUGUGACUGACACCACCAGUUUUCUUUCGCUGCACUCUUAUGUUUCAUCAAAAUGAAGCAAAAAAAAAGGGAACAUUCAGGAGAUUUGCACUUUUUAGUUUCAUUAGGGACUGUUUCAAAUCCUCUGUAGACAAGAUGCAGUUUAUUUUUUACCUGUUUAUAAUAUAUGUCAUUAUAGAUGACACCUUUAAAUAUUUAAUCUAUAAAUGUAUUUGUAAAAUGCUUUCAUACUAAGAGCUCACUUUGUCUAAGGUCGAAAUGCUGCAGGAGUGAAACCUGAACCACUGUUGGGACUCUUGACAGACAAACAAUACCAACCCAAAAGGACAAAUAUUAGCAUGUUAAUUUUAACAAUAUACUCAAGCUAUUAAAGAUCAGUUACAAUUGCUAUUGUGACUUUCAUGUGGCCUUUGGGAUGCAAUAGUAGAAAACUAAGAUUGCGGCUGGAGAUGUCCUAAUUGUUCAAUGGAAUCACAGACAAGACAGUGAGUUGUCUGUCAAACU